AUGUCGACGCAGGCGUACUACAAAGACCGCCUGGGCUUCGACCCGGCCGAGGCCCUCAACGACGGCCUGGGCUACGAGAAGACCCAGCAGGGCUACGAAGAAAACCUCAGCAAGUUCAAAGUUGGAUCUGACGUGGAUUGCAGCUCUCUGGUUGAGCGGAAUCUGCAGGAUACUAGUGCUGCGUCGCUGGUCGCAGAAGUGGGAUAUGGUGACGACAUAUGUUAUGUUAAAGAGGACUAG